UUGUUCAGGUACAGCACUACCUUUGCCUGUCCCAGAGAAAGAGAGAGCGAGAGCGGGACUGAAAGAGAGAAAAGAAGACAGACUCAAGGAAAAGGAACUGUUUCCAUCACAAGAAAGGAAGAUGAAAGCACAACUGGUUUGCAUUGUCUUCAUUCUCCUCUGCGCUGCUGUACAAAAUCGUUACGCCUUCAAAAUCCAGACAGAAGUCCAGAAAGAUGUGGCCAGCUUGACAGAACCCUUGGCAGAAACCUCUGGAUUGCAGCAGGCUUUGUUACGGAGAGCCAAGCGCCACAGCACCCACAUUUCCAUCUGCACCUACUGCUGCAAGUGCUGCAAGAACAAGGGCUGUGGUUUCUGUUGUCGGACAUGAAAAGUGAACAAAAACCUCCACGACUAACUGCUCUCCUGUUACGCCACCACAAAAACACAAACCCGCUCAGAGACACAACAGGAUCCCCAUACUGGCCCUUGCUCCUCUCCCCAGAGGCACUGUCCAUAUUUAUUAGUUUGACACUCUUAUUUUUUUGUUCUUUUGCUUGUUUGCUUUGUACAUUGUUUGUUACUGGGAAUUAAAAGUGUUUUUAUCUCA